AUUGUCUGUUGCUUCUAGAUGAAACAACGGAUUAGAAUACCCACAAAAGCUUAACAUUACCUCUUCAAGCCACCAAUCUCGAUGCUACAAUUGCUAUUGCCUAACAUAGAAGAUUGAGACACGGCGAAAGAAGAAACACCAGCAAGAGAGAGCUCCAAUGGAAAAAGAGAUUGUAGAAAACCUUUGGAACGGUGACACAGAAUCUCAGAUUCAAGCAGCAAUGAAUCUUGGUAGAUUAAGCCGUAAGCAGAGGCACAUGUUGGAAGCAAGUGUUGUUAUGGUUCCUCUGGUUUCCAUGCUUCAUUCUGAAAACUAUGAAGCCAUAGAAGCUGCUCUGUGUGCUUUGCUCAGCCUUUCCUUUGGCAGUGAUAGAAACAAGAUUCGGAUCAUCAGAACUGGAGCUUUGCCGGUUCUGCUGAGUCUCCUCCAUUGUGAUAAGCAGACAGUGAUACAAUUGACCUUAGUAGCCAUGCUAACCCUAUCUUCUUGCAAGGAAAAUAAAGUAGCAAUUGCUUCAUCUGGUGCUGUUCGAGUCUUGGCUGAAUUUGUCAACAGCAAUGAUAGCACUAGCACUCAGUCUCAGCUUGAUGCUAUAGCUACUCUACACAACCUCACCACCUGCCAAGAGAUUAUUCCACAUAUUGUCUCUUCCGGUGUUAUGCUCUCCUUGCUUGAACUGAUCCACAGCUCAGUGAAAUCAUCUCCAUUGGCUGAGAAAGCAAUUGGGUUGCUAGAAAACAUUGUGUCUUCUUCAGAGAGCGCACUUUGUGAGGCUGCUGGUACUGGGGGAGCAAUCAGGAUACUGGUUGAGACUAUUGAAGAUGGGUCUCUACUAAGUAAAGAGCAUGCAGUGUGUAUACUUCUGCUUAUAUGCCAGAGCUGCAGAGAGAAAUAUAGAGGAUUGAUUUUGACAGAGGGGGUGAUGCCAGGAUUGCUUCAGUUAAGCGUGGAUGGAACAUGGAGAGCCAAAUCCAUGGCCCAAAAAUUGUUGUUGCUUCUGAGGGACUGCUCCAAUUAUGGCUCAGGAUGUAAACAAAUUAAUCACGAGCUUAUAGAACGGAUAAUGGAAGAAAUUGAAGAAGAAGAAGGAGAGAAAUUGGCGGAUACUACUUUAAAGUUGGUGGUGGAGAUGAUUGCAAAGCUCCAUGCAUAAUCUGUCGAGUAAAUCCUCAUGCAUCACUUUUUUUUUCUUUCUAACUUAGAGGCAUUGAUGAUGUUUUUGACAACGACUACUAGUUCAGGACUCAUUAUUAAGAAAAUAUUAGUAAACCAAUGUUGAAUUGUCAACUUGGCAGUGUACAUAACAAUGGUU